ACUUAACCCUCGAAGUUCGAACGCACCAGGCCUUCUUUUUGAAUGUCGUCUCCGUUACUGCGGACAUCGCGCUCGCUGUGCUCGUCGUGCCUGCGUUGGCAGCGUAGACUCUACUCGUCACAAGCAGCGUUGGUAACCUCGGCUGUUCCAACAAGUAGCUUUCAGCAGACAGUGACAGUAUCUGCUGGGCCUAGUAAUGCACCAGCGACAACGCAACCGCGAAAGCGAGCCCAAGCCCCCAGAGACACGAAGGUGGUGGAGAGUGAAACACCCUCACAGUCUCGAAAUCCACUAGAGCCUACCCGUGUCGACCUUUACCUCGCCUCAAUACACGCUGCUGGCUUGGAGCCAACCUUGGAUGAUAUAGAGCAUUGCAGACCUAAGAGACACUCGUCCCCGGAGUCGUCUAAAUAUGCCGAAGAGUACAAUAAUCUCUUGGACACACUCUGUCGAUCCUUCAGCAAGGACCAGCUACGGAAGUUUACAGAAUUGUAUAACCUCGACCCUAUUUGGACGCGUAGUUCCAGACGGAAAGUAGAAUAUGCGGAAUCCAUUAUGGAGAAGCAGUGGAACUGGCCUUCACUAAAGGAAAUCGAGAGAAGGCAGCGGGAUAAGACAGAGGUUGUUGUCAAAACAUUCUCUCUCAACCCCAGUCAACUUUUUCUCAUUCUUGGGAAAGAUGGUGCUGACUUACUGCAGCUUUCCAUGCAGUAUAACGUCCACAUUUCACUAGCUUCUAAUCCACUUGCCUUGCGAGUGGAGGGAUUGAGAGGCGCAAUGAAACAACUCACGGAGCACCUGAGUGAGAUGAAAAGGGGUAUCAUUGAUGAAAUCGUUGAGCUGCCUUCAAAGCGACCUAUUCGCCAGGAUUUGGUCCAACGUAUUUCACGUCUCGCUGGUGCUUAUGUAGAAAACCUUGGUCACAAGGGCAAGAUCAGAAUCUGUGCUAAAGACACAGAAAAAAUGGACAUUGCAAAACGGCUUGCCAUACGUGCUUCAACGGAGGCUCAAACUGGCAAUUCUUCACCCCUCCUUUGCUGUGUGCCAACAAAGACAAAGCUCGAGCAUUCUGUAGCGCCCUCUUUCAUGCCGCACACGUACUCUAUAUACCCAUUCCUUUCCCCUCGGUCAUUACCUUGGACGAUGAUCAAAGGUGGAUCUUUCCGGGUUCGCAGAGUUGCAGAUUGGCUCGGUGCUGCUGCCACUGAAGACAUGUCGAAGACUGGUGGGUUGGCAGGUAGGCAGGGAAAAGUGGUAACUAAAACUGAGGAGCCCAAAGACCUUGAGGCACUGCUCCAGAGUGCCCCCCUCACCCCUGGUCACGAAAGACUCGUAUCUGCCUCCUUUGGACACAUUGUCCUUGUGCCUCCGUCACCGGUCGGACAUAGCGUCCUUAGUCCCCCGUUAAAGGGGAAUUGGACACUAUCAAAGAUUCUGAAAUGGUUGCACACUUCAAACACUCCACUCACGUUCGUUCCCAGUCUCCCUGCCACAUUAUUGAAUUCACCACCUUCCAACCAAACAGUCCUUCACCGCGUGUUGUAUCGCACGCUUCCAGAGUCCCAGCUUGAGAAUAGUCUUUAUCAAGAGGUGAUCAAGAUAGAAUUGGAGUUCUCGAUGUCAGAUAUGACUAGGUCCAAAGCGGCAGGACUUGAGCAUGGUGACUCGGACCGCGAAUUGGCUGGUGAUUCAUCAACGUUGGACCUCGACGUCGAUCAUGAUACUUCGUCAUCUCUGGAGUUAUUCCAGGACUCGGCCACUUCGGAGGAACAUUCGAUGAACGCAGAGCCUAACCCUCAAGAGGUGGUUGUCAACGUUUCCGCAGCAACAUGCCUCGAAGGCGUUGAAUCCACGUUGGAUGUCAUGAUGCCUGAUCGCCCAAUGGAUAUUCAAUUCACUGUCUUUGAUUACACAGAUGUUUGUGCAGGUGACCAACCUCCGCUGCUCGUCGAAUAUGCGAACCAGCUGCGAUAUUUCUUAACGUCUCAGGACCGUGAAGCGAUCCAACCACAGCCGCCAGCUACAUUCAACUUCCGCGGUCGGACUUACUUCCUUCAAACUAGUUUGAGUGUGCGCAAAGUUAUCGAGACAACUCAGCUUCCACCGGGUGCGAACAUGGACCAGUCCGUUUCUGCGCCAGUCAUAACAGAAAGUGCAUUGGACUUGGAGAGCAACCAGAAGUUUACCACUUGUCAGGUGACGUUUGAUAACUCUAUCGGUCAGGAAGCUUGGACUCGGUUCCUCGCAUCAUGUGACCUUGUCAGCUCUGUUUCAACCCCUGCUCAGGGCUUUAUGUCGCAUCUUCCGGUCCCUUAACUUACCAUCAUUGUAUACACU